UACUGCUAAAAAAGUUAUGUUAAAGUCCUGAGUAGCAAUUUCAGAAGGCAGACAAACAUGGUUUUGAAAGGAUGCUAUUUCUUCCAGAUCUCAAUGAGACUGAAAUUAGGAAUGAGUGAGGUGAGGAACACCACCUGAAAUAACCAUGGUGAUGUGUUGAGAACCUGGUACCUAGCAGAAAGAACUGAAAUGGAGAGCUCAAAAAACCACAAGUUAUCAAGAAAAUGGAUUAUGUCCAGAUUCUUGAGCAUUAGAUAGUCCAGAGCCAGGUUUUGGGUGUUCACAGAGCAAAACAACGCUGAAAACCAUGGUGGGUUUAUGUCCUUUUAAAUGUCGAUUUAAAUUGUAACACCCUUUUGUGAUACGUUGCUUGUUGAUUUGGAUAUUUCUGGAAUGCAAGGAGUGUUUCCAUGGAACACCAGUCCACUGCAUUUUGUGGUUAUAUUUAAAGCAGUGAUAGACACCCUAAGGAAGGCAGCUGUGCUUUGUCUGUUCACUCUGCAGUUGCCAACUUCAGCUUGUCUGGAAAAAAUAAUGGGAUCUUUCGGUUCCAUGGCACCCUUGGUGAUAUAUGAAAGGCAGUAACAGCAGUUCCCAGGGAUAAUUGCAGCACUGCCUGACUGUCUCCUGCUGCUUUAGGAACUGUGUUUGCUCCCCAGAUUGUGGUGAUUACUGGAGGAGUUUGCAUGUGAGAGGGAAAAAUGAGCUGUUGCAAACAGGGACAACUGAGCCUCAAAUGCUCUCUUAGAAGAGAAUGAGAUAAACACAGCUUAGAAACAGUGCAAUUUGACAGGAGGCUUUCUAGGAUUAGAGUGUGUUUGAAAAAGACAAUGGGCAUUGAUUUCAUUGCUGUCUCUUCUCAGAUUGACUAGGGGGUUUUAAGAUGAUAGAGAUGUGUGUCUUUAUACAAUACCAUUUUCAUUUUUUAAAAGAGAGGUGGAAAAGAAUGGUGGUUAGAAUGACAGUGAUUGACAACUUGCUUUUAAAAUCUGAGGGAAUGGAAGCACAGUCCUCUCAAAUUGCACUUACCUUUUAGCAGCAACUUAAGAAUCCAUUCUCAGCAUGAGUGUUAUAUGUGUAACCAUCAGACUUAGUGGCUAGACUGCAAAGUAGGUCUCUUAGCUGUGCUGCAAAUCUUCCAGAUUAGGGGACAGUGUGGCUUUUAUGGAUAUGCAAACAUGGUUUCAUCCUUUAGUGCAGACAAGAAGAAAUAAAUCCGUGUAGCCUUGAAUUUGGCAUAACUCAGCCUUGCUAGCAACAAAUUCUUUCUGAGGCUGCAGGUGUAUAAUGCUGGAAGUCUUUGUUUUCCAGGUUUUUUGUUGAGAACUGAAUCUGCCCUUUUCAGUCACUCCUGAUCUGCCAAAUGUGAUUGUCUGCUGAAAAACAGGAAGAGAGUAGUGUCCAUAACACUUUCAGGACUGAGGCUGGUGGAUGAGAGAUGAGAAAUUCACAAGGAAGGUACCCAAGGUCUUUGGUAAGCUAGGCAAGAUGAGAUAGGAGAUACGCACGGUCCUUUGCUUAUAUUUCUUCUUCUUUUUCUUCAGAGCAAAGCAACAUUCAGAAGAACAUGAAUUUCAAUCUGUAUUUGGGCACUAGAAGUCGAGUAGACAUUUCUCAUCCCUGGUCUGAGGCUGCAGCACUCGGUGUAAGCCCAGAGACAGCAGCACAGGGCUAGCUGUGUGCCACACCUCUGUCAGAUGGGAAGAGAUCCUAGUCUGAGACAGACUAAUCUCUCCUGCCCUUCUCAGCCCUUCCCAGACACUGCCAGCCAGUUCUCCAGUUCCUGCUUGCUGCAGCAGAAUUAUCUGUGCUGUAGGCUGCAGCAGCACAGCUCUAAGUGUGUGGUUCAUAGAGUCCCCAUCUUGCUGCGUCAGUGCUCCCUGCUGUGAACCUCCCCCAGAGGCACCUUGAGGCUUGUGUUUUGGAAAGGAGUGAGAGAAUUGACUUUCCUCAACAACACCAUCAGGAAGCAAAAGCAGCUGGUAGCUGCUCCAUAGCCACAGCUCACCAUCACUAUUCAGAAAGAAGGAACAAGAAUUGUGACUAUCCAGUGGAGAACCAACAGCAUCAGCCUUCUGCUGCUUCUCGUAUGGAUCCUGUGAGCCCUUUACUGGCCAAUGCAUAUUUGUCAUCUCAUGCUGCAGAUUCCCCUCUUAGGCAUGAAUUAGUGGUGGGUCCUUCUUUAAGAAGCUCAAGUGAAAGUGUGAACACUUGUCACAGUUCAGCCCUGACCCUGGGAAAUCUUGAUCCAUCUAAUUUGGAGUCUGUUCAGCCUCUUUUGCAAUCCUCACAGAUUUCUGCUAGCUUGCACUGUUCAGUCCAGAGGCUUAAGCAAGAAAGUGCUUUGAUGGGGAUACGGGGUUCCCUCCCUCUGGAGCCCAAGUCUUCUCCAGUCAUUGGCCAUUCAUGCUUUGCUCCUGAUGAUUUAGGUCCCAGUAUCCUGACCAUGGGAGAACAGCUAGCUGCAGUAAAAAACAGUGCUGCUCAGGCAAGAUUGAAAUGGGGUGUCCCAUUUGCUAAAGACUGGAGCCUUAGUGCAGUGACAAGGGACUUCAGUCCUGCUGAGCCUCUCUCUGUCUCUCACAGAUAUGGAUACAUUGGCUCAAACACAUGGAGAACCAAAAUUUCAGGGGGCAUCCAACCACAAAGCCUUGUUUCUGGAGUGGGCUCUGGCAGGUUAGUGGAUACAGAAGCAGAUUCUUCCUUCAAUUGCUCCCCUUUCUCCAAAAGCCAGUCCCUGGUAAAGCCACCUCUGGAAACUAGUAGUCUUUAUGUACACAGAAAAAGUAAUUCUCCUGGAAAGGUUGUUAAAGGAGAACAGACAUUUAAUGGGGUGUCUCCAUGUGUUGAGUCUUGGAAGAAAGACCUUUCAGCCAGUCUGGAUCCAGAGGGUCUGCAAGUGUUACUGGAGACAGAUUUGGGAGGGGCUCAGAUGAAUGUCGGUGUAGCCAUGUGUGGGACUCCUACAGAAGUGUGUGUGAGCAUCACUUCUCAUGCUGGAGAUAAAGAGUUUAGACCAGGCCAUCAGCUUAGUGUUAAAUCUAUAGAAGUCAACAACUCUCAUGUCAAGUGCAGCAAAGAAUCAGAAGAGGUGUGUGAUUCCAGGUCACAAGCAGCCAGAAUGGCUGCAGUGGGCAGCAGCCAGUCCACUCCUUUGGGUACACAGGCUGAAGAAGGCUUUAAUGAACAUUCUGAUGUAGAUUGUAUGAACAUGAGCAGAGAAGGAAGGAGAAACAAAUACUCCUACCAGAGCAGCCAAAGCAGCCAGAGGAAUUUGGAAGCUGAUGGCAAUCUCGAGCAGCCUGAAGAAUGUUCUGUAGAAAGGAAUGCAAGCAAACCACGGUGUUGUGAAGAAGGGAGCCAGACACAGAAAACUGUGCCCAGAGAGAUCUCAGAGAUCAGCUUCUGGCCGUUGAAGGUGAAUAAGCAAAGUUUCUGUCAUUUGUGUGACAAACAAAUCCUAACAAGGUGUUUCCAAGCCUGGAGGAGACAUAUCCUUUGGAAGAGGGCAGCCAGGCAGCUUUACAGACACCAGCUGCUUCAGAAGGCCUUUGGUGCUCUGCAGUGGACUGUGCACCAAAGGAGGACACAAUUGGAGGUGGCCCAGCAGAGACAUGCUUCAACUCUGCUAGCUGCCAGCUUCCAGAGGUGGAAGGAAGCUGUGGCAAAACAGAGCAAGAAGAAAGCUCUGCAGCCUGAGCCUUACUCCUAUACCCAAAGUUCAUCAGCGGGGAUAUUUGGAGUAGGAAGAUUAGCAACUAUGACAACCUCAGCUCAGCAUCAGCUUGCAACAGGAUACUCAAAGGAAGUGGAGCAGGCUUGUAGGAUGGAGGGAGAGCUGUGGACACAGCUUCGUCAUAGGCAGAGAGGAGAUGGGUUCUGCUGGAGAGUUGAAGCAAUCAGAGACAUGAGACAGCUGGCUGCAGCUUUCAGACUGUGGCGCCUGCAGAAGGAGCUGCUGAGCAAAGAGGAAGCCAGGCUUUUGCAAGCCCGUGCUCUGCUGGAAAAGAAGAAGCUACGAAACAUUUUCUGGAUGUGGCAUUCCCAAAGCUUGGAAAUGAAACAGAUUCUAACACUGACAACUCAAAUCCAAAGAAACUUGGUCUCCCGGUGCUUCAGUACAUGGAAAGAGGCUGCUGAGCAGAAGGCACUUGACAGGUGCAACCUGGCCCAUCUCAGAGCAGUAUCACUGAGGAAGCACUUCCAGCAGUGGGCUGAGAUGCUGCAGGUCAGAGGAGGUGAUAAGCAGUCGGUGGUGAACUUCUUCCUCCUGCGAUGGAGGCGGCAUUAUGGAGCAGUUAUAAGCUCAGUAGCUGACAAGACUGUCACCAAGAGGCAUGAAGGUCAGACAUCGUGGACUGGAGAGAGAGAGUUUCUGGAGAAAACAGUCUACUCUUUUGAUGACUUCUGCCAAAAACUGAAGCUGCAGAGGGUAUAUCUGCUGUGGAAAGCAAGGCUGUGUGAGCAUCACAGAGCUGAUUCUUUCUCUCAGACUUUGGAGCAGUGUAAACUCAGAAAAAUUCUGAAAUUAUGGCACCAAAAGUAUCUCAUGCUGAAGACAAUUGAACAAAGUUCUAAGCACUUGCACAGAGCUGUCUAUGAGGAAGCUCUUGCCAUGCCAUUCUCUGAGGACCUCUCAACAUCAUCUGGCUUUGACAGCAGUGCACCAGCUACUCUGACCUCUCAAAGCUCAUUGGAAAAGGAAUGCAGUCUCAGUGACAGCAGCCAGCACAGCUUCUCCUCCCUUCUGACUGCUGAGGAUGUCACACACGUGUCGUGUCACAGUUCUUUCCUGCAGCUCCACCAGUGCACAGAGCUGCCAGCUAAGCUGCGUGGGGAGCUGUGCUUGCAGACCUCCUUCCCUGCAUCUGGAAGAAAUUUGUUUGUGGGAAAUCCGUUCCAGUCUUUGGUGCUGCAGAGUCCAGAUAAUAAUUCCCAGCCUCUCACCAGUUACUCUGCAUGGGAAGAGGGCUGCAGUUCUGACAAGAGUUUCUUGCAGCAAGCAGAGAAGUACUGCCUGCAGAAGUGCUUCAUUGUGUGGUCAGCUCAAACUCAGCACCGUGUAAAGGCCCAGCAGUUCUGCAGGCACGCUCGGCUGUCUCGAGCCUUUCUCAGCUGGCACCGCUGGGUCAUGGAAAAUAAGAACCAAAAAGCAGCAGCAGCCCUAAACCAUGGAGUUCAUUGUUCCCAGAUGGCUUUCAGGCUGUGGAGAAGGAGACUGGCCCAGAAAGUGGAAGUUGACCGGAGAUUCAGGUGUCAUGUUCAGCAGAUAACUGCUGAUGCUCUGUGGCGUUGGCAUUCCUGCUGGCAAAGGAAGCGAGCUCUGGGAGAUCUGCAGCAGCAAUGGGCUUGGCACAGCUGCCAGCAGAAGAAAAGGCUGGUUCUGCAGACAUGGUACUACCAAACAAGGAAGCAGAAAUAUGCUGCUUUAUUCUGGGAACGUUUUCUCCUGCACAGGUGCCUUGUCACUUGGGCCCAGGUCACUGCAGGUAGGCUGAGGCAGCACGAAGCCCUCUCUUAUUUUAAAAGAGUCAGAGAGCACCGUCUCCUGGUUGUGAGCUUUACAAAGUGGAGGGACAAACUCCUGAGAGCUGAACAAGUGCCAGGAGGGAGAAAGCACAAGUGGCAGGAGCCCUCUCCAGGUAAAGCCUGUCACCGCUGGCGAGUGGCUGCAAGAGGACAGCAAGCCCUGCGCCUGGGAUCUGCAGCCACUGUCAAACAAGCCUGCAACUACUGGACCAGAGCAGCUGCCUUUUCCCAGUGCCUACGGCAGCGCAGCACCCUCAUAGGUGUUAGGAAAAGCAAGAAGAUGUCUCUCUCUUGGUCCAUGAAAAGCAGAAGAGGCAGAGAAGAAGAUUCAGCACCAACUGGAUUUUUUCCGAGUGCCAUUCAGCGCUGGUUGGUGAUGUACAGGAGCCAAAACAGGGCUGAAAGGCUGCAGGAGAGACCUGGUGUAGUAGGGCCCUCUUGUGCACAUGGAGGGAUCCAGGAGAACACAGCAGAGGUGGACUUGGAGGAGUGGGCUAAGAAGUGGCUUGGGAGGAAAUACCUGAGGUGGUGGCAUCACACAGUGGUACUGCACCGGUGCCAGCAUGACAGGAAACUGCUCUGCCUGGCAAGGGGAUGGCAUCAGUGGAGGGAAGCCAGCAGGGUGGUGAUACUGGCUCAGGUGUUGGACCAGCAGCGGCUGAUAGAAAAGGCCUGGAGGGUGUGGAGACAAAGAUAUCUGCAAAGCUGUGUGGUACAGAAUCUUUUGAAUGAGGAAGCCAGGAGCCUCCUGGCUCAGGCCUUUGCAAGGUGGUGGCAGCUCACAGCAUUCCGGUGCAAGCACAAAGGAUCCUGACUGGAGGGGGCCUGCCUGCAGCUGCUGCUCAUUUCAGAGCACGUGGAGGAUACAGCCCUGUCACAAC